GCGUCGUGACACUGGCAGCUAGCCUAGCCGGCUAACUUUGCUAAUCUGAUUUAUCGUCUCAGUUAAGCGCCCGUAACGUUAGCCAGGAUUACUAAAUUUGGUUUUACAUAUCUCGCCGUUUAACGCAAUAAUAUCUACCAUCGAAUAUCCAAUUGCUGCAAGAAAUGGCAUCGCUUGGAGAGCCUGUGCGGCUGGAAAGAGACAUCAACCGUGCCAUUGAACUACUGGAUAAGCUUCAGAGGACAGGGGAGGUGCCCCCCCAGAAGCUGCAGGCACUGCAGAGGGUCUUACAGAGUGAAUUCUGUAACGCUGUCAGAGAAGUUUAUGAACAUGUGUAUGAAACUGUGGACAUCAACAGCAGCCCUGAAGUCCGGGCCAAUGCCACAGCCAAGGCUACGGUGGCAGCUUUUGCAGCAAGUGAGGGACACUCGCAUCCACGUGUGGUGGAACUUCCCAAGACGGAAGAAGGCCUGGGCUUCAACAUAAUGGGCGGGAAGGAGCAAAACUCCCCGAUUUACAUCUCACGGAUCAUCCCAGGAGGCAUCGCCGACCGACACGGGGGCCUGAAAAGAGGCGACCAGCUCCUGUCUGUCAACGGAGUGAGUGUUGAAGGCGAGCACCACGAGAAAGCGGUGGAGCUCCUCAAAGCAGCUCAGGGCACGGUGAAGCUGGUAGUAAGGUACACCCCCAAAGUCCUGGAGGAGAUGGAGUCACGCUUUGAGAAAAUGAGGUCGGCGAAGCGCCGGCAACAGAACAACUAUCCUCAGUAGGAUUCGGCGGCGCCGAUGCCCAGCUCCCAUGUCUCUCUCUCUCUCUCUCUCUCUCUCUCUCUCUCUCUCUCACUCUCUCCUCCUUGAGCCUUCUGGCCAUCUGUUCUGGUCUCUUUUCUUAUCUCCCUGCUCACAAAAAUACACAAGUCUAGUUUUGAGUUCCUCCUCACACACUCUGCAUGUUGUGCUUUGACCCAUUUCUGUAGCAUUUUUUUGUUUUUUUUAAUAUUUAUCAUGGUUACUGUACUGGACACUUGGAACACUACGAUGAUUGUGAUUAUCAGCAUGUGUCACGCCGUGUGCAUUAUUUUUUUCAAUUGACAAUUUGAAUGCAAUUUUGAGUACUUUUGAGAUAAACAAUACAAACAAUACGACUGGACAGGCAGUGUUUUUAAUGGUUUGGUCACUACCGAGUGCCUCAGGGCAAACACAUCUACACCACUCGUUAUUUUUAAAGUAGAAUCGAAGGCAAACGCCGAAAGAUGCCGUUUAUUGCAGCAUGUAUGUUCAGAGUGGAGAAGCUUUGGGGAAUUUAAUGAGAGAUUUUGUUUAUUUGAGAGAUAAAAUAACUCCUGCAAGGUCACUUCAAAACAAAAGCGGUGGAUUGUUUUUAAGACUUUUGUUUGGUUUUUUUUUCCCCCUCUUUCUCUGGGUUUACCCUCCAAGGUCUCCAACGUCAUGUCGUGCUAUAAAAAGCCCAGCAGCUACUGUAAGUGAUGUAAUGGGGUCUCAGCAACUUGUGAACUAGCUCGCUGCCACAGUAGAGAUGGGUUGUUUUUGUUUUCCUCCACUUUCAUUAAGACAUUUAAACCUUGACUGUAAACUCCGUCAGCCUGACCAGACGAAACCUGUUCGUCUGUUUUGUCGGGAAUGUGCUCAAUAUCACUUUUUUUUUCUCCCCCUUUUGUCAGGUUACUUAAUUAGAAGCCGGUUAUGUAACGUGUCUUUGAUCUUGCAGAAAAACUGCUUGUAGGUAUUGUUUGCAUCACUGUGCAACUCUACGUGAAUUUAAUUCAGAUGUUUAUUCUAUCAGCUGAUCUCUGAUCGUUAGAUUAACUUUUUAUUUUCUAAAAGAAGAAAAAAAAAAGAAGCCAACUUGAAUUUUCUUCACUCCUUUUAUGUCCAUAUUCUGUUUCUGGUUUCAACAGUAAUGAGGACCUCAUGCUGUCAGCUCAUUUACAUUUUCUAUCUGCUUUGAAUAUUGUGUUACUCACUUUUUAUUUUUUAUUUUCUUGAUAGAGCUGGAUCUUGAAAUUCUUCAUUUCAUCCUGUUAAUCGGUUACUUUCAGUUAACAAGCAUAACAUUGGUGUUUGGUCGAGACACACUGACAAUAUUUAUUACUAAAACAAUACUUUCUACAUUUCAAUAAUUUACAGCAAUAAUUUCUACAUUUUUACAAGAGAUUUAAUGCAACACUCAUGCUGUUCUAAUUGUUUUUUCUUCAUGAAAGUCAACAUGAUAAUGGUACUUUAUAUGUGAUCUGCAGAUUACACAUCGCCUUCAAAUAAGAAUCAUGACAGGCAUGUAAUUACUGUCAAACUCGGUUUGUUCUGGGUCGGUUUCAGUCGUCUUCUGUGUGCUGUAUAUGUAGAUUUACACAUCCUCAUGUGACACAUGGGAGUAUUUUCUUGUUUGCAUGUUCAGCUAUCAUCAAGAAACUUUGAUAUUUUUAUCUCAGUUAAUGAACAGAGAAGCCUAUAAUGUGUCUGCAGAGCCACUUUUAGCUUAAUUCAAUAUUUAUUUACUUUUUGUUUCACUUGUAAGAGUAUUUAAAACACAAUUUGAGGAUUUAAAGUUGUCUAUUGUUGAAGGGAAGUUUCUUCUUGUCACUUUACAAUUGGCUGAAAACUCAUUCUCUGUGACUCGCAAGUUAAUAUCCCCAAAUAAGUCAGCUAGGAGUUUGUACCUUUUUGAUUUAGUAAUAUUUGUCAAUCUAUUCUGCAGUGUUAAUACCAGCUACAAUCAUUUUGAUUGAUUACACGUGAUUGCAGGUUCACUGCUCGAUGCCACAUUGAUCUUUACAAGACUUCUAGUCUGCAGGGUAAAUGAAGAGGACUCAAUUAUCAAAUGUAUUGAUCAGAAAAAAAUCUAGAACAAGUUUAUUUUUUAGAUAUUUAUUGAUUGUAGAUGUAUUUAGCAUAAUGUAAAGUAGGCUUUAGCUUGGUAAGCCAUAUUACCGUCCAGUCUCAGGAUCCACUCGCAGCGUAGAGACAGGAGCGUAGUGACGAAGAUGAAAUGACGAAAUGUAGAAGUCCGGCAGACAUCCGGUGGGUCGUCCACUUGCUACCUUGACAAACCUAUUCAAACAUCAGUCCUGGUCAGGGUUUUUUAUUUUUGUUUUUUUGAAUCAAAGCUUCUGAAAAUGGGUCACAGUUUGUUUUCCUCUGCAGCUGCGUUUGUUACUUAGUUUCUCCACAGGAGCGGUUUCCAUUUGUUGUUUCACCUGCAACACAGGUUGAAUCAGAAUGACACCAGUUUCUCCAGCAAACCGAUAAGAGAUCAUUUAAAAACAAUUAUUAAAGUUUGUCAUAUUUUAGCAGGGAAUUAUAAUUUAAGAACAGAUCUCUCCAGCACUUCACUGACCGCUGUCAGGAGUAUAAAUCCAGAAAUGCCAUCAGAUCUGCAGUGAUGGCCUCCAGUUCCUUUUUUCUCACUCCAAAAUCCAUGGACUUGUCAGAGUCUUCACUUGAAUGUCUGGUGUACCUGCAGCCCGUCGUUUUAUUGAAUCGUAUGCUUUUCUUUUUUAACAUGACGCUUUAAAUAUUGCAAGAGAAAAUAUGAUACACGCUGAGCACACUGGCCGAUUGUCUUUCGUGGGUGUGCUCCCCGUCAUUAAAACCGCUGAAGUGUGUGGGACAAAGCAUAAAAACACAACCACAAAGCAGUGCUGCAAAAAGUGAAUGCAAAUCAAUUAUCUAUGCAAGGUCGUGUAGAAACUUUGAAAAUAAUCCACAUUGGUGCAAAGUGGCUUCGAUUUGACUGCAGAAUGUUCCUAUAAAUGACUUAUUUUGAUGUAAUGUUAACAUUUUGGAACCACUGCGUUUUGCCUGCAAUGGAGACUCACAGCAUUUCGAUCCGACAUUUACAAAGUUUGCUACUGUAAUGCUUUUCAUACUGACCACCGUCAAUUAGCCGCAGUGAAAACCUACAUAUUAACCUUGCUAUCCAAUUAAACCCUGUCGAGAUACCGCGGAAGAACAGCCGUCAACCGUUUGUUUUACGCUUCCCUAUUCAGCAUUUAAAGGCAGCCCUGAUGGAGGUGCAAGCGUGAAUGAAUGCUUAUUGUUUUUGUCAAAAGCAAGCUGAUAAGAAUGGAACAAACACUUCAUUAGUUAAUUAAAUCGGCUAUAGAUGGUUUUCAAAGUGUGAGGCUGACCACCAGAGGAAACGUAGAAAUAUAAACCAUUCAAUUUAUUGCAGAUGAAAUAGGCUGUGUGUGUGUGUGUCUCCAUCCUCCCACACUUUGAAAACCUCCCAUCUACACAAUAGCAUUGUUCUCUCCUGUGCUACACUUGAAAAUGCUAAAUAGAGAGAUUUAAAGUGACGUGUUGCCCGGUAGACUUGCCUGAACGUGUGGUUAGUAAUAGACCAAUACGACGAGAAACCUUUAGAGGAGCUAGGAUGUAUAUAAAAGUCCUAAUAAACUGUAAAGUUUGUCCCUUAAUUGUUUUACCUGACAUUAGCUGUCUAGCUUCUCACAUGGCGAUCUGUCACUACUCACACACGUGCACACACACACUUGUAUAGUGAAUCAGGAAAGCGUAUAACGAGACCUGGUGUUGAUAUUGCACAGUCACACUCUCCACUGAAUGUCACCGACCGUCGUCUGACUUGGUUGCAAACUUUUUUGUGACGUAACGCUUCAACUUUCUACCCGUUUUCUUGUCUGUAUAUUGGAAUGGUCAAUAGAGUAUUUUUUAUAACGGUUUUUUUUUUCCUUUUGAUAUUUUUCUCAAUUUUUAUAAGUGAUUUUUUCCUAAAAAUCGAUACCGAGGAAUGAUUGGUACUUCCAUUUUCACUGUGUACCAGGGCCGUGUCGGCUCGGCCCCUCCCGGAAAGCUCUCCUCCAUCGGCUGCAUCUUUUCCGAGGUCCGGACCGACUGCUUUUCUUUCUAAGACCAAGACCAAACUUGCAACAUUUGUGGGAAUUUUGAUAAUGUUUGGAAACGUUUUAGUCGGUGCUUAUUUAAGAUUAAUGCCUGUAGAGACUGUGUUGUGUUAUUUUUGUGUUUUCCGAUUUGUCAUCUAAUUUUACUGUGUUACAUGAUGUGGAAUGUAAAACGUUGUGACGUAGAACAUAAUACUAGUUAAAUUUAAAGCUCAUUAAACUGUGCUCACAUUUA